AUCUCCAUCUCUCUCUCUCUCUCGUUGCUUUGCUUUGCGCUCCUUCAUCUCCUCGAUCGCAGUCAAAGCAUCCAAAUCCCGUCAAAGCUCUCUCAUUCCUAAAAAGAAAAGCAAAGCUCUAUUCUUUCCUUCUUUUCCUUUAUUGAAUCCAUUGUUAUCCCAUUUAUUGGCUUCAAUGAGGUCAUAGGCAUGAUAAGGAGGCCCCCUGAUCCCGAUGGGAGGAGUUGCAGAGCAGUGCAGCGCCAUGGCUUCCGAGAAUCGUGGAUCUUGGAAGGCUAAGGUAGCUGGUAGCAUUGCUGAAAGACGGGCCGAGAGGUGCGGGUUCAGUGUCACGCCCAGGCUCAAUACUGUGAGGUUCCGCAGUGUUAGCCCUGUUUCGUCACCGGCUUCACGUUCCCCUUGCUUCCUUACCAUUCCUCCCGGGCUUAGCCCUGCUGCGCUUUUGGAUUCUCCUGUCCUGCUUUCCAGCUCUCAGGCACUGGCAUCUCCAAGCAUUGGAAGACUUCGAUGGUUAUCAGAUGAUAUAGCCCCAGGCAUUCCAUGUCUGCCUAGUGAUGAAAUUCAGGUCCCUUCUUCCAUUUUUGAUGACCAGCUGAUUUCUGCUAAUGCGAACAAUGAAAUUCAGGACACUGUGCACCUGCAUAUUGAAUCUGAUGGUCAGGCCGGAGCAACAGAAGUGAAGAGUUUCACCAAUGAGGAACAUAAUGGCACAAAAGGCUCUGAUACUGUCGCUCUGGAAAGUAAACAUGUCAACCUUCCUACUCAUAUUUGCCCGCCAUUUGAUGGAGUGAAUGUAGAGCCGCAGUUGCCUUCAAAUGGGGAUCAACCAGAUCAUGGUCCUACUUUAGGAAAACAAGCAGAAGAUGGAUAUAACUGGAGAAAGUAUGGGCAGAAACAUGUCAAAGGGAGUGUACAUCCUAGGAGCUACUAUAAAUGCACUCAUCCAAGUUGUCAGGUUAAGAAAAAAGUGGAGCGUUCCCAUGAUGGUCAAAUUACUGAAAUCAUCUACCGGGGUGCACAUAACCAUCCUAAACCGCAGCCUUCUCGUCGAUGUGCAUUUGGAAUGCCAUGUUCAGUUAAUGAGAUGUCAGAUGCUACUAUGGGUUCAAGAUCAUGUACAAUUAUAGACGAGGAACUGACUUUGAGUUCUAGACAAGGUUCUGAAGAUAAAAAUGCUGCAGAAUGGAGUAGUGAUGGUCCAUCAUCUUCAUCCAUUGUUACUGAGCUUUCAGAAACUCUCUCCACUGUCAAAGAGAAACAACCUGAUCUUCUUAAGUUGACUGACGAUCAAGAGAUUCCGUCUACUUUAAACAAGCUGAUUGAUGAAGAAGAUGGUGCUACACAGGGGACAAUGUCACUUGAAGAUGAUGGUGGUGAAGAUGAGACUGAAUCAAAGAGAAUGAAAAUAGGUUCAUUGUUGAUUGAAACCAGUUCAACCUCUCGUGCUGCUCAUGAACAAAAAGUGGUAGUUCAAACCAACAGCGAUGUUGAUAUUCUUGAUGAUGGAUACCGCUGGCGGAAGUAUGGGCAGAAAGUUGUUAAAGGAAAUCCAAAUCCAAGGAGUUAUUACAAAUGCACAAAUCCUGGAUGCUCUGUGAGGAAACAUGUAGAAAGAGCUUCGCAUGAUUUGAAAUCAGUGAUCACAACUUAUGAGGGAAAGCAUAACCAUGAGGUGCCUGUGACAAGGAACAACAGCCAAAUCAACUCCUGUUUUAACAUGCAACCUGCAUCUAAUGCUCAAAACUCAGGAACACCGGCCGGACCGGCCAACUUAUCAAUUGCUGAUUUGCGAGCUGUUCAACGUACUGAGAAGAGACAAGAAUUUGGCUGUGACUUCAAAUCUGGAUACACAGAUAGUAUCAUCGUCAACCAAUUAGCAGGUACUUCUCUCUGUUAUGAUAUGAAAGCACCUACUCUGCAACAAAUGCACUGGGCCUCUUUUGGACUGGAAAUCAACCCCAUGGAGGCCUUUCAUGCAAGUUCUAUUCCGAAUAUUGUCCAAGACUAUCCAGUUUCAACUCCCACCGAACUAUACAGGCCAAACAUUUCAUUGCCCAGCAAUGAUCUGAAUCAAGGAAGUUUCAUCCUAUCAGAGUUACAACCUUUUCUUCGGCACCGAAAUCCCAGAGAGGGUAUUCUCCGAUAUAGGCAGCCUAAACAGGAAGUGAACAAUGACAACUAUAACUCUCCCAUCAAUGCUCCAUCUGAUUCCCUGGCAUUCACUGAUGGACAGUAUUUUGGUGGUCUUCCUUUGUAGCCAGCUUUCUCAUGCUCCUCCUACGUUGAGUUUGCUUUGAUCACAUUUUUUUUUAAGUUAUUCUUGGAUAGGACGAUGUAAGUUUUGAGCCAUACAUAUUGUACACAGCAAUCUCAAUUAUGUGCUGACCAUCUUUUAUCUUUUAUCUUUUUUUUCUCUAUAAUUUCUGUAGACUGUAGCCUGUUAAAUAUAUUGGUGUGGUCUGUGUUAAUG